AUGACGCGCCGUAUUCUCCCAGAAAAACCGUGGAUUGACAUAGCGAUAGAUUUUCUGGGACCUAUGCCGUCAUCAGAAUAUAUACUAGUCGUCAUUGACUAUUAUAGCCGGUACAUGGAAAUCGAAAUCAUGCAACGAAUAACGGCACGGGAGACUGUAAAGCGUUUGAAGAAGAUUUUCAGGACAUGGGGUCCGCCUAGAACGAUAACUUUAGACAACGCGAAGCAGUUCGUAUCAACGGAAUUCGAUGAAUACUGCAGGGAAGCUAGAAUACAUCUCAAUCAUACGUCACCUUAUUGGCCACAGGCCAAUGGAGAGGUCGAAAGACAAAAUCGGUCACUUCUCAAGAGGAUGAAUAUAGCUCAUGCCCUCUACAAUGAUUGGAAAGCGGAACUUGAUAGUUUUCUAGAGCUUUAUAAUAACACUCCGCAUACUAUAACUGGGAAAGCACCUAGCGAGCUCCUUCAGGGCAGGAAAUCACGAUCCAAGCUACCUCAAAUGGACGACCUGGAAACAACUCCGCCAAGCUCUGAUUUUCGAGAUCGGGAUUUCGAGAAAAAGAUGCUACAGAAAGACCGAGAAGAUUCCAGGCGUAAAGCAAAACCAAGUGAUAUAGAGGAGGGAGAUGUCGUUCUAAUGAAAAAUCUGCUUCCAACGAACAAACUGUCAACCAACUUCUUGAAAGAGAAGUUUACUGUGCUGAACAUAAAUGGAUCAAACGUAACCGUGCAAUCUCACCAUAAUGGAAGGAAGUAUGAUCGCAACACAGCCCAUCUGAAAAAGUUACCCUUGUCAUCUGACGACAGCACCGACGUGCCAUCCUUCCAACCGGAAAUAGAAUCACGGCCAGAGCAGGAAGCUGGACCCGAGGUGAUCUUCGGAUCCGGAGCGGAACUGGACACUUCACACUCUUCUGCUCUAGGAGUAGACGAGUCUGCCGUACGACGAUCGCGGCGUACCAUUAAGCCCAAACGUCCGUUCAGCCCAUCAGAAUAA